ACAGAAGGCAUAUUGGUCACCUUAAAAGAUUGUUUACAAUGGAUACCACAAAUACAUUCUGAAUUAUGCAUGACUUUUGGUAAAAUAGCACAUAAAAAACUUUCGAUUUUUUUUCCGAAUCAUAGUUCACACAAGUUGACAUCGUUAUUCACAAAAUUGAAAUGGCGUUAAACUGUGUGGGGUCAUGGCACAUCAGACCAACUCCGUCUUUUGUGGAGGGACGUGCAGAUUUGAAGAAAACAUGGGCCGGCCCAAUAAGUACGGAAAUGUACAGCAAAGGCUUGCUCGAUUUGUGCGAUCGCACGCAAGACAACUUAACGCGGAUCUGUUUACAAAUGAAAAAACUCGAUCCAUGCACUGAGUAUGGCCUUCAACAUUGGCAUCCAAACAAACGACCACAGUCAGCGGUUGUGAAUACUCCCAAACCAGAUCAUGGCCUGGGCAAAUGGCAGAGCCUCGAUGUGAUGUUCACAGACACAAAUACAAUGAAAUUGCUGAGUGAACCUACUUCCACGGAUGGUGGGGACUCGUAUGUUGACCCGCCAGCACGGAACACCUUUUGCAAUUUAUGUUCAACUAUGGACGAGCACAGAGUGCACAUGCUCAAGCACACGACAAAAAAGAAAUUCAAAGGACGUAGAAAAAUAGAGUACAUUGCACCUCCGCCGAGAGUAAGACACAGUUCCUUGAGUGAGGAGAAGGAGAUUCCAAUAAGGGAGAGACUGUACAAAGUGGAAGUGUUCACCAGUGACGUCUGCAAUGCAGGCACAGAUGCCAAGGUGUUUGUAUCCAUGAAAGGCACACUCAGUUACUUGUCUCGAACGCAGUUGAAAAAGAAUCAAGGAUCCUCCAGUUUCUGUUUUGUUCGCGCCUCCAAAGAGGUUUUCUUCAUUAAAGGGCCAUUCCUGGGAAAUAUUCAGAUUCUGACUAUUGAGCACGAGGGCAUCAAGAAGUCCCAGGCCUGGCACUUGGAGAAGGUGCUGGUCACAGACAUGAAGGCGCUCAAGACCUGGCUUUUUAAGUGGGGGGACUGGCUGUCAAUCUUCAUGAAGCCGCACUACAGCAACAAGGUGGACCUGCAGGCCGUGGAAGUGGAACAUCAACCCACUGAAUACACUAUAGAGGUUCAUACUGGCAAGCACCGCAUGGCUGGGACGGACUCCCAUAUUUUCAUAACCUUGUUUGGAAACCUGGGUACCAGCAAGAAAAUUCACCUCAAAGACAAUACUAGCGAUAAGAAACUGUUUGAAAGAAACAGUGUGGAUAAGUUUGUGUUCCACAUGAAUGGUAUUGGAGAGCUGAAGAAGAUAAGAAUAGAACACGAUGGGAAGGGCAUGGCAUCUGGUUGGUUCUUGGACAAGGUUGUCAUUCAAGACAGUGAGCAUCCAAAAGACCUCUACUUUUUCACAUAUGGUGGUUGGAUAGCCAAGGACGAAGGUGAUGGUAAACUUUGGCGGGAAAUUUCUGCGAAGAAAAAACUGCCCAAGGAGCUACAAACUGCAAAAUUACCAAGGAACCCUUUGCAGAAUGUGCAUAAACAUUUGCAAAUACCCACCAGCGGGAAAGGUACUGACACCAGGUACAUGAUAACUACAAAGACAGGAGAUGUUCGCUUUGCCGGUACGGACGCAAAUGUCUUCAUCCAGAUGGUUGGUCAGAAAGGAAUGACCCCAAAACUCACUCUGGACAAUCCGAAAAAUAACUUUGAGCGUGGCAUGACCGACAAUUUUGAGUUGAAGGCAGUGAAUGUUGGCCAGAUCAAGCACAUAAUCAUCGGCCAUGACAACUCCAACCCUGGGGCAGGAUGGUUCCUGGAAAAGGUAACUGUGAGAAGAUACAUUCCCAAAGAUGAAGCAAGGGAACGACUUCAUGCGAUGAAGAAACAGCUUAAACAAAAGAAAAACAAAAGUGAUGGAAAAGAUCAACAAAAGAAAUCAAAGAAAAAUACCCAUGCUGAUGAGAAUGACUCAACAGAUGAUGAUGAGGAUGACGGAAGAACAGCUGAAAAGAAAAAGAAGGACUUAAAAACUAAACAGAAUAAGUCAGAAAAUGUUUACACAGUUUCUAGUUCUAGUAGUUCUGAAGACAGUUCUGAUUCAGAUGAAGAAUCAAAGCUGUCAAAACGACCGAAAUCAGCCAUACGCAAACAGGCUAGUUAUAAAGGGCCUGGGUCAGUAUUGUCGUCUGCUGCCAAGCAAAAGAAACACAGGGAUGAAGAAAAGGAGGAGGAAGAGGAAGAAACAGAUGAUGAUGAUGAUGGGAAAUAUUCUUCUCAAGAAAAGAGAAGACUGAGGCCUAGAUCAGCAAGGCCUGAUGGGCGGCGCAGUUAUGAUCAAGAGCGGAAAGACUUCACUGAUGCGGUAUCAGUUAGUAACAGAUCAAAAAGUAACCAGAGGGGGCGUUCAGCUAGCCAUGAUCGAGAUGCAGUGAUGACUGAUACAGGUAAACGUCGUGUGAGCACUAGUGCAUCAAGUUUGAGAAAGGUCGGAGGACAGAGGGGAGAUGAUAAACAUGAUGAUGAGGCCAUGAGUGAAUUGAAAGUACCCCUGUAUGAAGAAUGCAUGUUUCACUGUAACAAAUGGCUUGCUGAUAAUGAGGAUGACGGUUUAGUGGUUCGCGAACUAGAGGCUACCGCGUUGACAACAUAUUAUAAGGAACAUUAAUUGACUUGUAAUUAUUUUUACAUAAUAACUACAAUAUUAAGUGCAACAAGUUCCUAAUUGCAGUUUUAUAACAUGUUAGAUAUUUCAUUGUGACUACGAUGUGCUGAUUGUUUAUAGUGUACAUAUUAAUAAAUCCAUCAUAGUCAUGUUGCUUAAAUGUAAGUUGUUUUUGUACAAAUGUUAAUAGUGUGAUACAUUUUAGUUUCUUAAAUUUGUAGUUUUUAUGCCCCCCGUAGGGUGGCAUAUAGCAGUUGAAUUGUCCGUCAGUCAGUAUGUUAGUUUGUCAGUCUGUCCGUCCGUCCAAAAACUUUAAUGGUCAUAACUUUUUCAAUAUUUAACAUAGCAACUUGAUAUUUGGCAUGCAUGUGCAUCUCAUGGAGCUGCACAUUUUGAGUGGUGAAAGGUGAAGGUCAAGGUCAUCCUUCAAGGUCAAAUGUCUAAUAUAUGGCGUCUGUCCGUCUGUCAGAAAACUUUCACAUUGGCCAUAACUUUUUCACCAUUGAAGAUAGCAACUUGAUAUUCGGCAUGCAUGUGUAUCUCCUGGAGCUGAACAUUUUGAGUGGUGAAAGAUGAAGGUGAAGGUCAUCCUGCAAGGUCAAAUGUCAAAUAUUCUGUCCGCCCGAAAACUUUAACAUUGGCCAUAACUUUUUCACUAUUGAAGAUAGCAACUUGAUAUUUGGCAUGCAUGUGUAUCUCCUGGAGCUGAACAUUUUGAGUGGUAAAAGGUGAAGGUCAAGGUCAUCCUUCAAGGUCAAAUGUCAAAUAUUCUGUACAUCCGAAAACUUUAACAUUGGCCAUAACUUUUUCACCAUUGAAGAUAGCAACUUGAUAUUUGGCAUGCAUGUGUAUCUCCUGGAGCUGAACAUUUUGAGUGGUGAAAGGUGAAAAUCAAGGUCAUUCUUCAAGGUCAAAUGUCAAAUAUUCCGUACGUCUGAAAACUUUAACACUAGCCAUAACUUUUUAAAUAUUGAAGAUAGCAACUUGAUAUUUGGCAUGCAUGUGUAUCUCAUGGAGCUGCACAUUUUGAGUGGUGAAAGGUCAAGGUCAUCCUUCAAGGUCAAAGGUCACAUUUUGCAGUUUUGAAGAUAGCAACUAGAUAUUUAAAAUGCAUGCGUAUCUCAUGGAGCUGCACAUUUUUUUAGUGGUGAAAGUUCAAGAUCAUCCUUCAAAGUCAAGGUCAAAGGUCAAAUUUUGAAAUAUUGAAGAUAGCAACUCCAUAUUUGGCAUGCAUGCGCAUCUCAUGGAGCUGCACAUUUUGAGUGGUGAAAGGUCAAGGUCAUCUUUCAAGGUCAAAGGUCAAAUACCUGGUAUAUGGCUUCGAAGUGGCGCAGUAGGGGCCAUUGUGUUUCAGACAAACACAUCUCUUGUUUAUGUAGAUUUUUUUAUUAAUUGUGGAGCAAAGUUCAUAUAUAUUUAUGAAAUUCAUUAAUUGUUAUAUUUUAGCCAUAUUGUCCAGCAGAAGAACUUCAUUAUACAUUUGUUGUGAGCAGUCACAGGCAUGCUUAAUUAAGUUUUUGUUUUCAAAUUAUUUAUUAGUUUUAUUUUAGAACUGCUGCAUGCAGUAGAAAGCUUGCACAAAUAGACUAAAUUUGGCUUGUUUGAAAGUAUUUGCUUUAAAGAUGUACUUAACAGUUCUACAAUCAUUUAUAUUGGAUCUGGCACGAGUUGUCAUAUCAUACCAUAUUUUAUUAAACGAGUUCAGGAAUUUUGUUAGUAAGCGAGCCUUUGGUGAGCUUAAUAAACAAUUUCCUGGACGAGUUUAAUAAAAUACGGUAUGAUAUGACAACGAGUGUCAGAUCUAUUUUAUCACAUGCUUUUAAAUGAGCAAAUUAAAUAAAUAUUUACGCAAACAUAUUGAUAAAUCCCGAAUGUUGUUUACAUUUCGUGACGUCAUUUGACGUUGCAACGUCAUUUCAGCAAAGUAACAAAAUGCGAUUGGUCAAUAAACGAAAACUUAGCCAAUGAAAACGCUUAAAAAGUAUAUUACACAUGUGUAAGAUAAAAAUAUAUGUAAUGGUUAUAUUACAUGGGAAACAGGGCAUGGCAUGUGAUAAUAUAAUUUAUGAAAAUGUAUGUUUAAAUGAACCAAAUCUUAAUUAAGAAGUGCUCAUGGUGAGCAUUUGUGGUCUUCACUGUUACCUUGUUACCAAUCUUAGAUGCCACAUUUUCAUCCUUUGUUGACAAAACUUUGCAUGUAUGUUCGUCUUGACAAAACCUUGCCAAAGUUUGAAUCUGGGUUAUGUGCUUCAAAACACUAGGUCAGCAAGUCAAAUUUCAGGAAAAGACAUGUCACCACUUUUAUAGCCAUUUUAAUACAAUUGGUGUAAAGUGAACUUAGUUGAGGCAAUCAUAAAGGCAAUCAUAGCACUUUUGUUCUGGUUGUUUAAAAAUAUGAUGCAUGUAAACAAUCAUGAUGUGCAUUUUUUUUAAAUAAAGCAUGUGAUAUUUAUAACAUUUUAAAAUGAAAAUGUGAUAGUUGUGUAUUUGUUUCUACAUAACUACAUAUAAUUAGCAGAUAUAUUUUAGUUAACUUGUGAUUGGUUUAUUACAGCGAACAAAUCAGAAUUAAAAGGGACAAUGU